AUGAGUAGCAACGUAAGCAAGAUUUGUAGUAUAGUGGAUGAAUCUGUAACCAAGGUUGGUUUCUUUGGGGGACUUAUAAAGGCAUUUAAAAAACAAAGGCACGUCGAUGUAUGGCUCAAAGCAGGAGACGACACCGAUGCAAUCCCCGCCCACAAACUUAUUUUGGCAGCAAGAUCGAAGGUGUUUAGUAACAUAUUGGAAACUGAUGAUUGCAAAGCUUCGUCGAAAGAGACAAUCACUCUUUCAGAGAUGACAAAGGGUGAGCUAGAGACGUUUCUUGAGUUCAUGUACAAUGGUUCGCUUCCGGAAACAAAACUGGUGCAGCACGUCCAUAGUCUCUACCUAGCUGCAGACAAAUACGGGAUUCCAUACCUCCAAGAUCUCUGCAGAAACCAGCUCAUCGACUCCAUGAACACAUCAAAUGCAUUUGUUCUCCUCGAGAUUGCAAAGAUUCACUCAGACGAGAUCCUCCAAGAUUCUAUCUCUGAGUUUAUCACAAGACACAUGGAAGAGAUUGCGUUCUCGAGUAAGUUCAUGUCGUUUGUGGAAAGUUAUCCGGCUCUUACUGUCCAAAUGAUAAGGGGUCAUGUGAAUAAAGUCAAGCGCCAAAUCGAUUGA